AUGUCUGACGUAUCCUCCCUGUGGUGGACUGACGAGCGAAUAGAGGCAACAUUGUGUCGCCAAUAUGUCUUCUCCCAGCUGCAGCCUGAGUACCAGUCGCAGCUCUUCCAGAUCUUGCCCUGGGGCGAGGGCCUGACCAGCGAGACUUAUUUGGAGUGGAUCUUGACUAAAGCUGGCAAACUGUUCCUUAUUCUAAACGAGCUCGGCAUUCCGCACCGUAUAUUCAAUCUAGCCGCGGAUUUUGUGGACGACUCGGAUCUGCCACUUUCCGAGCCUCGAGUGGGCGAUCUACCUCUGACGCAGGACGAGUCGCCCUCGUCCGCCGCGGCCCUGAACAAGAAAUUCUUCCUCACGCAAUGGCGCUACCUUGUCCGUGGUAUUGCUGAAGGCGAACACGUGAGAUAUACGGGAAACGAAGGCGUUCCCGUCGAGGUUUUGAAGACUGGUCUCGUAAACUCAAACAGCAGAAACGGCGUUGAGAGGGUAGUGCUGUCAGGCGCUGUCUGCCGUGUCUUUCUCCGUACCCAGGUUUCCAUCAAUGCUGCGCCGCACUUCUCCGAAGAGGAUGAAGUUCUGGAGGAAAUCCGAUCCUUGCGGCAGCUUGCCCACGAGCACGUCUUCUCCAUUUAUGGCUCGUACUUCGUGGACGACAGCAUCAACAUUCUUUUCAGCGGCGUUUACGAUCGAACCUUGAUGACCUUCUUGGCUGAUACGCCCCAAAACUUUAAACGUCUACCCAAGCCGGAUCGCCGCGAGAUCCUAGUCAACUGGCCGCACUGUCUGGUCAACGGCUUGGCAUGGCUCCAUGCGAAUGGACAUGCGCACGGCUCUAUUCGGCCAUCCAACAUUCUGGUGGAUAGCGAUUAUCGCAUUUUCCUUGGUCAUUUUGAAGCUCUGGACACGCUGUUGGACCCUCCGAAAAUAAAUGAUAUUGAGGCUUACCAAUAUGCUGCGCCGGAACGCUGGAUUCGCACCACCGCUAUCCAGGAGGUGGCAGGAGCAAAGAACACCUUCCACUCUGGCGGCAGGACAACCCGCAUUACGUCGUCGUCUUCAAAGCCUCAGCAACCCUUCAACACCCGCUCUAGCUGGAUGACAAGCAGUUCGUCGCAGUCUAGUGAAUCUAGGGGUACUGUGAUACGGGUCGCAUCAAGAAACUCUCUAGUAUCAUCGGGAUCCUCCUCUGCGUCUGGUGGUUCAGGAUCUCACUCUGGAAGAUCCGGACAUAAACUCUUUCGCACAAAGCCAAUUCUUUAUACACCAUCAAUAGCGUCAUCCAACUUGGCAGGUGAUGCUCGAACUCGGCCUGUCACAGCCCCUGAAAAUGCGACCUCGAUUCCAUUUGUUCCGCACAAUACGGCACUUGUCCGAACCUGGCAAUCUCAACAGGUGAAUGCACAGUUCUCGGACAUCUUCUCUCUUGGGGCUGUGAUUACGGAUAUAUUUACCUUUUUGUGCGAACGGAAAAUCUCGUCGUUCGCCAACCAUCGAAGUGCCAAAAACCGUACCCCAGGGCGAGGAGGCGGUGUUGCGGACGCUUCAUUCCAUCUGAUAACGAACCUACCCCAAGUUUCGUCAUGGCUGACUCUGCUGACGCAAGAUUCUAAAAAAAGAAAGGGUCUCGCCUUCAGGGCCGUGGAACCAAUGCUCGCAGUGGUACGUGACAUGGUUGCACGUAGUCCCGAGAAGCGACCUAAAGCGCAAGAGGUUGAAGCCAAAUUUGCGCAUACAAUACGGCAGCUAGAAGGAAUUCUACUAGCUCACUGCAAGCAGGCCCCAACGCCUGCUGUAAUGGCCCUUCCUCUGGCACCAGCAGCGCCUGUCGAUUUACCAUUACCACCGUCGCCCAAACAAACUGAAUCGAGCCAUCGUAAACGGUCAAAGGUCAAAGCGAAGCCGAUUGUCGUUGACCACAACAGUGACAGUGACCUGGAGCCAGCAUACGUGAUCAAAGAUUCGGAAAAGAAAAUCCGGAAUAAGAAAUCCCUGCGCCUACGAGAUCUUGGAUAUGAUUUCGACUUUCCAUUUAGUCCUACUAAGCACCAACGAGACGGCUACAGUUCCGCUACUGAUGUAUCAUCGAAUCCUCCUUCUUCCGGCGGAUCGUCAAUUCAUGAUCAUCUGAAUAUGAACCCGAAUCUCGAUGCGAAUAUGAAUUUGAACAUGAUUACGAACGCAAAGCACCACAAACCUAAGCACCAGCACCAUGACAAAUUUGUCCUCAAGGACAAGGACAAAGACAGAGAUGACGAUAAAGAUCACGACAGGAAUAAUAAUACACUUGCUUCUUUAGACGACACAUUUUACCAUCUUCGAAAAGCACUUGAAGAGACUUUGGAUCAACGGCGGUAUUUUGAAGAGCUGGGCAUGAAUUUACCUAGAUACGAGGCGUAG